AACAACAUUCCAAUACAAAUAACAAUCACAUAAAUGGAAAUGGAUUGUAAGCAAUUAGUCAUCGAAACGUAUUACGCAUUCCCAAUCGUUGUUUUACGUUUUAAAACACAAUUCUUAUCGAAAAUUCCACGACAUAUAAAACGUUCAAUAUUCGGCAUUCCGUAUUCAACACUGUAAUGAACAAGACAGUAACAUUGACAAACGUGCAUCAAUUUACUUCAAACACUAGUUAUUAUAUGAUGUACUCGUAGUUAUUAUACAUUCAUAACGUUAAAUGAGUCAUUUCUUCGAUGAAUUAAAACAAAGUGCAGUGAAAAGAGAAGAAAUGCACGCGCUGCAUUCGCUGAGUUCGUGUGAGGCAUGAAUUAGUGGGGGAGUAAUUGUAAAUAAAACGCGUAAGAAUAGUGUAGACAGUGUUGGAACUGUCUGAAGUGGCUUCGAACGAGAUCAUCAAACGAGCAGAACGUCGCAAUCGUCGUCAACCGCAAGUCAACAGUCAUGUUGUAGAGCUGCAUUGAGAAACAAAUUAAUUUAUUUACAUUUAAUAUUCAUGAAAGAAAAAAAAUUAAAGUUUUGGGUUUAAAAUUAAAUUAAAAGAAGAUUAAACGCGUUGGUCGGUUAUAAAUAGCUUAAGUGUGCAGUUGAAAAUGUGUCAAGUGUUUUAAAAAAAAGUGUUUCGUUAAAAACUGAAAGUUUUAAACACGAGUUAUCACAGGAAACGCGUGAAUAAUCUACAUUUUCAUUUGACGGUUGAUAACAUACAAUAGCAUUACAACACACGCUUUGUUAAAUCAUUUUUGUGAUUAUUUUCUGUAUGAGUAUGCGUUUGAUAGUUUAAGUCAAGUUUGUAAUGCUGAAAUGAUUGUUUCGAGUGUCUACUCGUGGCUGAAAGACCUGCGUUCACAUUUUGAUAUAUACGAAGAAAAAAGUGCUUUAAAACUAAAAAAUUCUCAGUGUUUUUGUAAAAUCUCCAAAGAAGAAAUGUUUGAUAUACCUGAAAUUGAACAAGUGUUAUUACGCAAUGCAAGUGUCAGGAGAAGUGUCCCAAUGAAAAAAUUUGGUAAUAAGAAAAGUUUUGCUGAGUUAUGUCUCCAGGAACGCGCGAAGAAAGCUUGGAGUGUUGGGGAUGCUUGGGGAGUUGAUUUCCAACUUACUUCUUCAGUUGGAGAAAAUCUACAACACGUUGAAAACUCCAAAAACACCAAAAGAAGAGAUUCGCAGUUAACUGAUGAAACUGUAAAAGAUGCUCUUGAUCAAUUCGCCUUUUUAAGUGAUGUAAGUGACGUAGAAUUAGAAUCAGAAGAAAAGACUCAGAACCUACAAAAUCAACCUGUUUAUGUUAACAUAACGACAAUAAACAAUCCAAAACUACAGAAAUUACAACAGGAAGUUUUUGCUCAGCGUGAUUCUACAAUGUCAUUGAGUUCGACAUAUUCUUUUGUUUCCUGUGGAGGUUUAGAUGAUACCAUUGAUUUUACAUCUUCCUCGCAGUCUUCUGGAACUUACACAGUGAAUUCUCUAUAUGCUGAUUUCAAGAUGGAUUCUGUAUCUACAUGUUCGGGAUCUACAUUUCAAACAGAAGAUAGUUAUAGUUACACUUAUUCAAUCCAAGAUGAAGACGAUUGGAAGCGUGAAGAAUGGAGGUCUUUGUGUUCACUUGGAAGUGAAGCAGGAUGUAGAAAUGCGUUGAAACCGCUGAAAAAAGGAAAAUCUCUUGAUUCAUUCAACCUGAGUCAUAAUACUGAUAUUGUUCAGUUGAGACAUAAAGAUAAACCUAAUCGGCGAUCUGUGAUUCCAGUUGUAGAAUCAGAUGUAGAAUCCCAUGCAAGGAGAGCUAUCAUUCUCCCAAAAACACAAAACCCACAAGAUGAUACUUAUAUGAAUAUUUGGGAGUGUUACACACAGAAUACUUCUAACCUCAAAGGUUAUAAACCCAUUCCUGCUCCUAGGACGAAAUUUUCUAAACCUUCUACACCUCCAAAACCCUUAAAUCGGAAUAUUUCUAAUUUGGAAAUUAAAAACGCCAGGGAGAAUAUUGUUUCGUUUGCUUUUGAUGAAACAGUAGAAUAUUUACCGUUGGAGGAUUUAGAUGCAGAGAAAGAGGUUAAGAAUGACUGUGACAACCUCCCGCCGAUAGAUGUCGUCAUGUGGAUGUCAAGAUUAAUGCGUGAAUAUGAACCAGAACCUGAGGUGUCUUCUAAUUAUGACAACGAAAUCAGAAGUGUUGAUAGUCAACGCAAGGAUAGCAAACGGGAGGAAAUGAUGUUGGGACAACAAAGUCCAGGAAUAUCAUGGGAUACAAACUCUAGAGAUAACAAAUUUGACUUCCAUAAUGUGAAAAAGUACAAAAUGGAUAACCAAGUGAUCAAGUUAAACAAAAACGAAGUGAUUGAGAACCAAAAUGGAAGACUUUUACAUAAAAACAGCGAAGGAAUAAAGACUUUAACAGAAGACUUUGAACAUUGUAAAAUUGAACAAAAAAGCCCCAAAGAACACAUCCUUAUCCUCCCGGAUAAAAAACGUAUAAAUCUAUAUUCGAAAAAUUCAAAAGAAAAACUCUCACCUGCCCCAUCACCAGAAUCAGUCCGAGCAGCACCAGCGAAAACAGACAUGCGUAAUCGUUUAAUGCAGCUGUUUAAACUACGUCCCGCAAGAGACACUUUACUCGACAGAGGCAUUCUGAAAAACGAAAACGUUUUCGGUAACACUUUACAGGCUCUACACCUGAAACACAACCAAGCCAUACCUAGUCUGGUACUGAAAUGUAUUGAAUACGUUGAGUUACCAGCAAAUAUAGAUACUCAGGGAUUGUAUAGAUCCAGUGCAAGUCUGGCUACUCUUCAGGAUAUACGUUUCGCUAUCAAUGCAACCCAUGGGACCAAUCUGAGUAGUUUAGAGAAAUACCAAACAAGUCCUGAUGUCCCCAGUGGAUUACUAAAGCUGUUUAUCAGAGAAUUGAAAGAACCUUUGAUAAGUAACGAACACUUUGAGAGGAUGUUUGAAGUAUGUCAAAGUGAUGAUUUCAAUGAGUUGAAAUACGAAGCAAUAUACAGAAUUAUCCAAACUAUGCUGCCAUCACACAAGUGUACUCUAGAUGUCCUGUUGAAACACCUGAUCAAAGUGAUAUCUCACCAGGAUAAGAAUGAUAUGACCAUUGAAGGUAUCAGUAUUUGUUGGGGUCAGUCUAUGAUCACCGGGGAGGAAGGUUCUGAUCCUGUUCUCAUGGCCAGGAGGAAGAAUGAAGUUGUAGAAUUGCUUCUCAGAGCUUACAAUGCCAAAGAUAUAAAUGAUUCUGAAUCACAUUCAUAUUCAGAAUUAUCCAAAGAACAAGCAACCAAAGAUGUAGAUGUAAAUGUAGAUGUAAAUCCUAUUCCCAAACCUAGCAGAAUACCUCAGAGACAAGCUUCGGUUGAGAGCUAUAUGAAACCCAAGGUUUCUAUAGAUUCUAACACUAACAUUAAGAAUAACAGCAUCCAUGGUUCUAAGACGUCAAUUGGGAGUAACUCAAGUCAACCUAGGAAUUCUGGGGGUUUGAAUUUUGGUCCCCCUGGGAAUUACGUACAAACUGUAGCCGCUAAAUUGGGUAACUUCCAAAUACAACUAUCGGGACGUGCCAGGAUGAAAUCGCUAACUAAAUCUAUGGAAUCCUUAAACAAAAUGGGAUCAACAAUGAGUUUAUGUGAUGAGAAUAAACAGUGUAAUCGUUUGAAAUUCAUUAAGACUCUAAUAUCAAAGAUAGAAUCUACACCUGAUUUCAAAGGAGUUUAUCGUGGGAAAGGCAAAGCUAGUAUCGUAGAAAAACUAGUGAGGAAAUACAAUAAAGAAAACUCCAAAGAAUUCGGGCGUUAUUUAGCAAAAGCUGAUAUUUUUGUUUUCGGGCAAGUCCUGCAGGAAGUUACUAAAGAAAUAGGUUAUGUUAUAGAUUUCUACGAUAUGCAAUCAUUAGUCGAACGUAAAAACAAAACCGAAAUAAAACAGAUUCUGAACGAAAUCCCUGAAGAAUUCAUUCUACUCUUUAGACAUUUUGAUAAUCUACGAAAAAAAGCAGACUGUAAAGUAACCAUUAUGGACGACAUCUUCCAAAGUUGGUGGAAUAUCCUCAUCGGACCCCCAAAUGAAAAAGAUAACCUCCACAAAGAAAGAGUCGGAAGGAAUCUUACAACAUUCGAAGCAUUAGUCCAGAAUAUCAUCGAACUCUGCGCGAUAGAACUCAAAAUAAAAUCUGCAUCGUCUUUUGACCUGCGAGAUAUUGACCAUGAUAUGACCAGUGUGAGAUCUAGUCUUACACGUAAGCACUCAUGCUGUAACAUUUUAGAAAACAGAAUGACAUCUGUAUACGAGUAUUCCAAAGAAUAUCAUAAUUAAUAAUUUGUAUCAAACUGUUUUUUAUCGUAUAAAUAUUUGUAAAUAAACACAGGCGAGUCAUAGUUGCCUGGAUUUGAA